AUGCUUUUUAACUCAACUUUUCCUCCAUCACACUCGUGGUUUUAUUCAGUUUCAGACCUUUAAACGCACCAGUCCUUCUCCACCUCAUGCUUCUCAUUCCUCAAUCCCACGCUUGCCUGAUUUUCUAAGCCCCCUUCACCCCCACCCUGCUGUCAAUCCUCCUCCCCUCCCUCUACUUUCCCUACCUCUCUUCCGUCCGCUGCUGGAGGUGGGAGAUUGCCGGAUUACGCCGUAGCCCGGGGGAGGUCGUCCCACUGAUUGUAAAGAGACGGGCAAUAGGUCCUUUAGUCUGAUUGGGUCCCCAGCCUGGAUGAGACGGCCGCUGGAGGCAGCAUGAGAAGAUACAUAUUUAUGUUUAGGUGGAGAGGGGGAAAACUUUACAAAGAGGCACACGAGGGCGAGCGAGGACUCAAGGUGACUUCAGGAGAAGUGAUGCAGAAGUGGACAAGAGGAACAAAGUAAGGAAGGCAGACGGAAAAGCAGUUUUCUGGAGAGAAUAGACUCCGAGGAGGGUGAAGAGGACGAACACCUGCUGGACUCAGAAAGACGAGAAACUACUUCAGCUGCACUUUGUGUUUCACUAUGGGGGUCCGACUGCAUCUUCCAGCUAGCUUUCUCCCUCUGACCCUUGGCAUUUUGACCCUGCUGCCCCACAGCCUUCUGGGAAAAGCAGUGGAUGAAGGAAAUAGCCGAAACUCUGAGCUGCUGCAGAGAGUGAAACGAGGCUGGGUCUGGAACCAGUUCUUCGUCCUAGAGGAGUACACGGGCCUGGAACCGCUUUAUAUUGGAAAGCUGCACUCGGACAUGGACAAAGGCGACGGCUCCAUAAAGUACAUCCUGACGGGCGAGGGGGCCGGCAGCACCUUCACAAUUGACGACGGCACCGGGGACAUCCACGCCAUCCAGAGAUUAGACCGGGAAGUUAAAUCUCAGUACGUCCUGCGCGCCCAGGCCCGGAACCGGCUGACGGACAGGCCUUUGGAGCCAGAGUCCGAGUUCAUCGUCAAAAUCCAGGACAUCAACGACAAUGAGCCAAAGUUCCUAGAUGGUCCCUACCAGGCCUCUGUGCCGGAAAUGUCGAAAAUAGGAACAUCGGUGAUCCAGGUGACCGCGACUGAUGCCGACGACCCAACGUAUGGCAACAGCGCUCGAGUGGUUUACAGCAUCCUGGAGGGGCAGCCGUACUUCUCCGUGGACGCCAAGACGGGUGUGGUCCGCGUGUCCCUGGCAGACAUGGACCGGGAGACCAGGGAGAACUACACCGUGGUCAUCCAGGCCAAGGACAUGGGCGGACAGCUGGGCGGGCUCGCCGGCACGACCACGGUCAACAUCACGCUCAGCGACGUCAACGACAACCCGCCAGUGUUUGACCAGAGGCUCUAUCAGAUGAGCGUUCCCGAGUCAGCUCCCGUGGGAUCCGUGGUGGGUCGGAUCUGGGCCAGGGACAGGGACAUCGGGGUCAACGCUGAGAUGAAAUACAGCAUCAUCGAUGGAGAUGGGAGGGACACGUUCGACAUCAGCACCGACCCCACCAACCUCUUCGGCAUCAUCACAGUGAAAAAGCCGUUGAACUUUGAGAGCAAACCCAGCUACACCCUGAAGGUGGAGGGAACCAACACCCACCUGGACCCGUCCUUCCGCCAUCGGGGGAACUUUAAGGACGUCACCAUCGUGCAUGUGAGCGUGGAGGACGUGGACGAGCCCCCGCUGUUUGACCAACCGGCGUACUACGUCGAGCUUCCGGAGGACGCCGAGAUCGGGACGGUGGUGAAGACGGUGUCGGCCCGCGACCCGGAUUCUGCCAACAACACUGUGAGGUACUCCAUCGAGCGGUCCAGCGACCCGGAGAAGUUCUUCUACAUUGAAAUCACUUCCGGUUCGCUGAUGACGGUGCGCUUGCUGGACCGGGAGGAGAUUGGUUGGCACAACAUCACGGUCCUCGCCAUGGAGAUGAAUAAUCCCACGCAGAUCUCCAGCGUGACGGUGGCGGUGAAAGUCCUGGAUGUGAACGACAACCCUCCAUCGCUGGCCCAUUACAUGGACACCUACGUGUGUGAGAACGCCAAAGCUGGACAGCUGAUCCAGACCGUGACGGCGGUGGACCCCGAUGACCCCCUGGGGGGACAACACUUCUACUACAGCUUGGCUCCAGAAGCCGCCAACAACCCAAACUUCACUCUGAGGGACAACCAAGACAACACCGCCUGGAUCCUGACCCGGCGCGGCGGCUGGUCCCAGCAGGACCAGACCGUCUUCUAUCUGCCCGUCUUCGUGUCCGACGGCGAGCAGCCGGUCCAGACCAGCACCAGCACGCUGACCGUGCGCCUGUGCAGCUGCGACCACGAGGGCAACGUCAUGACGUGCAACGCCGAAGCCUACAGCCUGCCAGCCAGCCUCAGCAAGGGGGCGCUCAUCGCCAUCUUGGCCUGUAUCUUCGUCCUGCUGGUGAUGAUUCUGCUCAUGCUUUCCCUCCGGAGUCACCGCAAAAAGCCGUACCUGUGUGACGAGGAGGAGAACGUGCACGAGAACAUUGUACGCUACGAUGAUGAAGGCGGGGGCGAGGAGGACACCGAGGCCUUCGACAUCGCCGCCAUGUGGAACCCCCGGGAGGUGCACCACCCGCUGGGUAAAGUGAGACAGGACAUGCUGCCGGAGAUCGAGAGCCUGUCCCGUUACGUUCCUCAGGUGUGCGUGGUGGGAGGCGGCGGCGACAGCAACGUUCACGGGUACGUCCUGGCCAAGCUUCUGGAGGCUGACAUGGACCCAUGCGCCCCGCCGUAUGAUUCCCUGCAGACCUACGCCUACGAAGGGGAAGGAUCGGUGGCGGAGUCACUCAGCUCGCUCCAAUCGGGAGCGUCGAACACAGACCACGAGUACGACUAUCUGAACGACUGGGGCCCGCGCUUUAAGAAGCUCGCCGAAAUGUACGGUGUGCUCGAGACAAACAGUCCUCCAAUGUGGUAGAAAAACUUUUUUUUUUUUCAUCAGACGCGUGGGAAGGUGAGGACGAAGCUAGGAUGUGCUCAGCUCCGAGGCCCUGGUGGCCCCAGCAGCAGCGUGAGCCGGAUUUAAAUCUCCCCGGAGAGCCAGGCAGGACUUCAGAGCCUCGUGGUGGAAGAACGGCUUCAAAGCACACGUUUAGCUCCGCCCCUCCAGCCACAGCAGCCACCGGCACAUGGUGGAGCUGAAACCUUGAGCAGGAGGGUCAGGGGGCGUGCUGAAUUUAUUUCUGUUAUUUACACCAGCUCUGUAUUUUGUUGUAACAUACAUGACGUAGCCGUGUGUGGGCGGAGCUGUCGGUGCUGAGCAAGCCCACGUGGCUCUUUAGCGUGUUUAAUGUGAAGUUUUGUCAUUUUCAGCCGUUUGUCUCGAUGUUUCUGUUUGAGGGAGGAGCGCAGGACUUUACCCAGGGUGCACCUGGGACCGAGCACACGACGAGUCGCCUUCUUUCGUUGUUCCCAAUUCCACCGCCGUGCCAGCCGGACUCCGACGUUUGUGCGUCCACACAAAUGUGGCUCGAUCCUCCGAUCCUGAGGACUACAGAGACGCAGACGAUCUGCAUCAAGUGCCAAACGUAAAAGGGACACAGACGUUUCAGAAAGUAAAGAAAACAGAAGCUGGCCACGCUCACCAACAGAAGACUCACCCCAGCAGCUUCUGAUGACUGAGUGAACCGUCGUGUUCGGCCGCACCGCUCGUAGCGGCGUGUGAAUGUAGAUACUUUUUGUAUUCUUGUUAAUAAAACUUAAAAAAAUCAAACAAA